AUGAGGUUCAACGCCCAGCUGAAGAAUAUAAGCACAUUCCAAAAGCUCACGGCAGCUCUAUCAUCCCUCGAAAAGAUCGCCUGGGUGCGCCUCGACAACAAUGUCGCCCGCUUCACCGCCAUCCCCGACGUUGGCUCCCACGUCUGGGCCAGCUUCAACAUGGACGUCAUCUUCGACGAGUUCACCAUCUCCUCCAAAGAGGUCGACAACAUCAUCGACCUCGAGAUCCCCCUAACGCCUCUGCAGCGAGCUCUCAAGUCCGCCCUCAACUCCGUCUCCGCCAGCAUGAAGCUCGCCAAGCGCCGCACCGAUGGAGUUCCCAUCCUCGCCAUGACCAUCACCACCCUGACCAAUUCGGCGGCGCACGGCGGUAUGGCUCCUCCGCCUAGGCCGACUACUAACUUUGGUGUCGACGAUGACGAUGAUGACGGCGGCACAUCCACCUUCCCCGUCGAGAACCUAGAGACCUCUCUGAGACGCGAGCGCGAGAAGAUCAUCACCCACGAGAUCCCCGUCCGCGUCCUCUACCCGGAGUCAGUCGAGAGCAUCAUGCAGCCCAAGACCCGUGACCCAGACGUCAACAUCACCUUCCCCCCCUUACUCCAACUCAAAGCCAUAGCCGACCGCUUCACCCGCCUCACGGCCGCCUCCUCCUCCUCGUCCCGCUCCAGCGCGAAGCUCGAGCUCAGUGCAAACAUGUUCGGGAGCCUGCGCCUGCGCGUGCAGACCGACGGUGGCUCCGUCUGCAGUGAGUGGUCCGGCCUCGUGACGCCCGAACUUAACCAAGAGCAGAUGAGCAUGCCUAUCGAGGAGCACCCAAGCACGAGGUUUCGCGAGGCUGGGCCCGAUCGCUGGGCGACCGUGCGCGUUGACGGGAAGGAUCUGAGUAGGGUGUUGAGUGUUGGGAGGCUCGAGGGGAAGGUGAUUGGGAGCUUUAUAGACGAUCAUGCUUUGAUUCUGUAUUGCUACAUCUCGCAUUUUGAUGAGCAUACGAUGGCUGAGGAGUCGGUCAUGACGUAUUACGUUCAAUCGUAUGCGCAAUGA